CGCUCGGGACUGGCUUACGGCGGGGAGCGUCCCUCCGGUCCGCGGCUGGCGGGGUGCGGGGGCCAUGGAGCGCUACGCGGGCGCCUUGGAGGAGGCGGUGGACGGGGCUCGGCAGCAGGAGCGGCACUACCAGCUGCUGUCGGCGCUGCAGAGCCUGGUCAAGGAGCUGCCCAGCUCUUUCCAGCAGCGCCUGUCCUACACCACGCUCAGCGACCUGGCCCUGGCGCUCCUCGACGGCACCGUGUUCGAGAUCGUGCAGGGGCUGCUGGAGAUCCAGCACCUCACCGAGAAGAGCCUCUACAACCAACGCCUGCGGCUGCAGAACGAGCACCGAGUGCUCAGGCAGACACUGCGGCAGAAGCACCAGGAAGCCCAGCAGGCCUGCCGGCCCCACAACUUGCCCGUGCUCCAGGCAGCUCAGCAGCGUGAGCAGGAGGCGAUGGAGCACCGGAUCCGUGAGGAGCAGCGGGCCAUGGACCAGAAGAUCAUCCUGGAGCUGGACCGGAAGGUGGCGGACCAGCAGAGCACGCUGGAGAAGGCGGGGGUCGCCGGCUUCUACGUGACCACCAACCCGCAGGAGCUGACACUACAGAUGAACCUGCUGGAGCUCAUCCGGAAGCUGCAGCAGAGGGGCUGCCCGGCGGGGAAGGCAGCCCUGUGAGCAGGUGGGGUCCCUGCCAGUUACCCACUGCCCCCACAAUAGCAGGAAGCUGACGUCUGGCCACCACCUGCCGAGGCGCCUGCAGGAAGGGUCACCUCUGAGGAGAGGCAGGGUGGACCCUGGCUGUGUCUGCCACCCACCUUUGUCGGCAGGGGGGGUGGGGGGG